ACUAUUUCGUUUUAUUCAUUCAUGAGUAAGAGAACCUAAGCUGCAUCAGCAGCAGCAGAGGAAAUGAACAUACUAUAUAUUGAUUUAAAGAUACUACCUACUACCGCCUAAAUGAGAACACACCGAGCUAUAUGUGCAGCAGCAAGCCAAACCCAACCAAACCAAAAAACCAAAAUCAAAACCAAAACCAAAAACUGAAUACCAAAUGCAUACUAUAUACAAUAUAUAUAUAAAGUAGCUAUUAAAUGCAGCUUAAGCAUUUGCAGCAGUUUUCCACACGAUUUCAGCUUUCACAAAGUGCUCACGAAAUGAAUUGAAUUGAACCUUCGUACUUGAUUGCAGCUUCCAUGCUAUAUACUAUAUAUAAAUAUAUUUAUAUAUAAAUAUACCUACUCGUAUAAAACUCACCUUUUCUAGUCACUGAUUCAACGAUUUCUUUUGACCUUUUCGUUUUUGGUAACACAUUCAUACCCGAUAUUUACCGUAGCUAACUGAGUAAUAUAUAUAUAUAUAUAUUUCCUGAUUUCUAUGUGUUUCCUCAUGAUUUCUUUUCGAUCUUAUUUUCUUUGAUAUUUUCACUACAAAUUAUGAUUACUAACCAUGCGAAGUGGAUAAAUGUGUUCAUUGCUAUAUUCUUUGUCAUAUAACCACCAGAUGUACUUACAUUCAUUUAUUUUUCGGUGUUGGUAGAACUUAGUGAUUUCGAGAAACAACAAAAAUAUAUUACUAACAUGCCCAACUAACGUAUAUAUACCAUAUAGACGGUUAAAUAGCCACUAAGCGAUAUAUUGAUAGGAUGAGUGGAUGCUCAAGGAGGUGAAGGAUAUCGAUACAGUCCGUAUGGUAUCCCUUUUUCAUUUCUAAAAGUCUGUUUUUCCUUGGUUAAAACCUUCUUCUUUGCGGGCAAUCCAAUUGCCCCGGGAUCACAGUAAGAAAAAAGCACCAACAAUAGGGUUUUAAGAUAUAAACAAGUUUUAACGUAACAUUCGUGUCUAUGAUAUUUCCAUUUGAGAAACGAAUUUUGAGCUACUCCCCGAAACAAAUCAAACCGCUUGUGUAGAACCCAUCUCUAGGCUCUACGAAUCGAUACAAUAAUAACAAAGGAACAAAAGACCUACAGAGAAUCACUAAACUAAAAAAGAACAAAUGUAAAGGCUCAGCUUGGGCCAGUUAUAAUAUAUAGUUUAUAGAUAAACCGAAAUCUUUAUAAAUGUUACUAGUGCAAAUUUGUAGCGAACAGAGUUUAACAAAAUUUGUGUGUGUUUUAAAUGUUAUUGACUUUAUAGUAUAUAUAUAUAUAUAUAUGCGUAAUCGUAAGCUAAAUCGAUAAACUAAACAAAUUGGACAAACCAAAAAAAAACAAGAAAAAACACAAAAAUUAGUAGUUUGUUGUUGAAAUGUUUAAGUGUGUUUUUAAGCCAAAGUACCCGAAAAACCUUAUAUACUAUAUGUAUGGUACACGACUAAAGUCCGAGAGUUGUGCGCUUUUUAGACCCCGUACUCUCUCCAUACUAUAUAUGUCAGUGUUAGAGCUGUGUUUGUAAAUGUCAAAUCGAAAUUGAGAAUGAAACUGAAACUGAAACUGUAAGUGAAAGUGAGUUGGACAGAGAAAGCGGAAACGGAAACGAAAACGGAAACGGAAGUGAAGGGGAAGCCCACCUACAUAUAAACAUAUUUAAGAAACACAAUAACGAAGUGCUAAAAUCCGAGCAGAUGGAUGAGUUUGAGAAUCAUUUUCAAAUAGCUAACUGAAUUUACUCGUUUACCUUAUAACACUUAAACAACAGAUGCUUUGUAGCUAUGUAACUCCUGUCAGAUGGGUGAUAACUUAACAUUGAUUUCGAUCACGACACUUUGUAUAGACCUACCUACUUGAAAUCAUAGACGUAACUAUAACUGUAACUCUAACUGUAACUAAUACCUGUAAAACAUGUACUAAAUUUAUAUAAAAAACCUUUACAAAAGUCACUUGGGCAGGUGCGGAGGUCCCUGAAAAGGAGCUCCCUGUGAGGUGGAAAUGUGAAAUAAACAAAACUGAUGAAAUUUUUUAAGAUUAUAGUACAUACAUGCACUAACCGCGCAGCUCGAGGUUGAGAAAUUGAUUUGAAAACCAAACCAUAUGUAUACACUUACAACUCUUCGCUAUACGAUACUUAAAUAUAUAUCUAUAUACAACCAGUUAAUAGUCACUAAUGCGUAUACCAGCAUACCAAAAUGUGCUAGAAGCCUAACAAUCUAAAUCUGAAAAAAAAAUGAAAAUCGGCUAACAAAAGAAAUGUGAAAAAUAAAGUCUCUCUAUUUAACUGCAAAACAAAAACGCACCGCGUGCAAACAAUUGAGAAUCUCUCUUCUUGCCUGGACUUGCUUUAUAUCCUUUCGCAGCAGACCCGCAUAUCCGUAAAUCCGCAGAACUCAGCCAUCAGCCAUCCGCCAUUUGCCGAUUUGCCACCCAACCCAACCGAAGCCAUCAGUCAAAUGGAGCAAAUUGCCCGCGAGAAGCUGGUCACCGGAAGGGUCCAGAUCCAGGUCUGGUACCAUGCGGAGCGCAACGAGCUGGUCGUCUCCCUGAUGGCCGGCGAUGAUCUGGCACUGCGGGACGAGGCCUACGGACAUGGAAAUUUGCCGGAGGCAUACGCCAAAGUCCGCAUUCUCCCCAAAUGCGGUGAUGGCAGCGUGCAGCAAACGGAGGUCAGCCGACCCACGCAGAAUCCGAUUUGGAACGCCACGCUGACCUUCGGUCAUGUGAAGGCCGACACCUUGAUGGAUCGCUACAUAGACAUCCAGCUGUGGGACUUGGUGCCCCACACGGAGUCCAUUUUCCUGGGCGAGUGCAGCAUUGAGUUGCAGCAGGCCUUCCUCGACGACCAGGCCAUCUGGUGUCGGUUGGAGGACACGAAGGGUCUGCGUGGCAUUAGCAUAAGCAAGUCGCCAAGUGUUUCGCCACGGGGCUCCAUUGCGGCCGGAGCUGGGGCACCCAGUGGCGAUGUGACCCGACUCCUGCGACGCGACUAUAACAUGCAGCGCUCCAACUCCGAUGAUGUAGACUCCAUCGGAGAUGGAACUUCGCUGCUGCAUCCGGAUCACGCCUAUAUAGCCGGCUCGCGACGCGGCUCCUCGCAAUCGGAAACCAUGGAGGUGGAGGUCUACCAGCUGGGCAAGGACUUCUCGCGCUCAUUGCCGGGCUCGCGUCGAUCGAGCUUCCAGGAUGCCGAGAAGAAUCGGCUGGAGGAGGACGCCAUGGCCACGCCGCCCACCUCCUACUUGGUGGGCCGGCGCCGUUCGUCCGUGGCUCGACGCGACCCGGAUGAGAUCUUGAAAUCCUUGAAGGCUGUCCGCGGCGAGCUGGGGCGCACCAUGAGUCUGGGCACCGAGCAGCACAAGCGCAUCGGAUCGAGACGUUCCAGUCGCGUUGGAUUGCCGAGCGGACCGAACAGCCGCAAGAGUUCCGUCUUGGAUUUGUCGCAGCAGCAGCAGCAGCAGUUGCAGCAGCUGCAGCAGUUGCAGUUGCAGCAACAGCAACAGCAGUACCUGCAGCAGCAUCUGCCCAUGGGCAUGGCCAAUGCCGACACCAGUCCGCCAUCCGAGGACGAGGACAGGCGGUACAGGCCGCGCUGGAAGGGAUCGGGAAGCCAGCUGCCGCCGCAGAGUCCCAAGCAGGCUCUAUCCCGUCUCAAGCAGGCCGCCUCCGCGUCGAAUGUCGCCCAGGAUUCCGGUCGUCAGGUGGUGGGUCAGCUGAUGGCCACCAACCCACAAGUGCAGCAGCAGCAGCAGCGCAAGAGCAGCAUGUUCCAGUUGGGCGACAGCCAGACUCCAAGUCCAACGAGCACCACCACCACCACUUUGCAGAGGAAGGGCAGCAUGUAUGUGGCCAAGGUCACGGAAACCCCACCUCUGGGCACGCCCACCCGGAAGGGAAGUGUUUACCAGAGGAGCGGAGUGGGUUUGGGUGUGGACAACUCCGGCGGCGACAGUCCGCAGCGGAAACAGAGCGUGGUGAAAACCUUGAGCGGCAGCUAUGUCAACAUGCCCGCCUUGACGGGUGGUGAGUCCAGCUAUGGACUCAAACUGGGCCCCUCGCAGAUCCAUCCCAAGGGCUAUAGGCUGACCACCGCGCGGUACGGCGAACUCAAGAUGGGAUUCGUCAAGAUCAAAGGCAAUGUGGAGGUUGAGCUAAUCUGCGCGCGUAAUAUUGUCAACGAGGACUGCGAAACUCCGCCGGAUACGUACGUGAAGUGUUACAUCAAGGACGGCGACCGACUGCGCCACAAGAAGAAGACGCGCGUGGUGCGCCAUGCGGCGGAGCCCCUCUACCGCCAGACCAUUAAGUACCAGAGCUCGGAUGUCUUUGGCCGCAACAUCGUGAUCAUGGUGUGGCAGCGGUGCGUGGGCUUCGAGCACAACCAGGGAUUGGGCGGCACGGAGGUGAACCUGGACAAGGUGAGCAUCGGGCAGCCCAUCAACGGAUGGUACCCCCUCUUCCCGAUGCACAGCUACGGCGGCUCCGACUCGGACAACUCUCCCUGACCGAACAACCAGGAAGUCAUGCCAAUCCACAGGCAGUGCCGGAUUUGGAAUCCCAAGGAACUGGAGAUACAGCAACUGCAGGCUCAAUUUGUUAGCGCCUAAGAUGUGGAAACCAUACCACACCACAUAUAUAUAUAUAUAUAUAUAUAUAUAUAUAUUGUUAUCCCGAGAUACUCCCUGUAUGUAUUAGUUUUUAGUUAAAUGAGCUUGAAUCGAUCGGGUUAUGUUACACUAUUAAAUAUAUAACAUAUACAUUCGUGGUGAGAGAGCUUUGUAAGUAAGGUACACAGGUAAGGCAGCACUAUAAACGGGGAAUACCAAUAUCAGACAGCACAAUAAUUGAGGAAUCGGAGUACCAGAAAAGCAUAUAUAUAUAUAUAUAUAUAGUACACACGCUAAUAUAUUUUUUGCUUGUUGUGUUUGUGAAAGUUUAAUGUUGUUCGCAUUUGAAUGGCAAUAAAGUUUAAAGAGUGGAUAGGAAUGGAAACGAAACGAAGCGAAACGAAACGGGCACCAAAACAAUAAUGUUGAAAUUUCGAGGCAACGAAGAGAGGGAUUUAAAGCGCUUGCUAGCUAAAAAAGAAAGACAUAUUAUCCGAAUAAGUGUUAAAUAAAUGUUGCGCAAAAUAAAAACAAAACCAAAUAGGCUAGCCCCAACUAUCUGUACAGCUGAGAACCCCGCAAAAGGUUUCAACUGCUCCACAAACACUAAAUCUGAAUGUCAAAAACUAUAUUCCUAUAAAUCUGAAACUCUAACAAUCUGAUUAUCUAAAAAUUUGAAUAAAAAAGUAAUAAUACAUUUAAAGAUCAAGAAAACCGAAGGUCCCAGAAAUCUGAAGCCCUAACAAUCUAACUGAAUUGAACCCAAAAUUUAUAACUCUGAAAAUCGAACGAAAGAAAGACAAUGAUUAGCCCAAAGUUUUAAAAAUCUGAAAAUCUAGUUUAUAUCGACAAUCUUUAUGGGUGUGUGCUACUGGGUGGACGUGAGAAUUGAGUGCGAUUAAAGCGUGAUUAAGACGAAUUUACUGUAGUCAUUUUAUGGUAACUCAGCAGAUUUUCUUCCUAUUUUUUCCCAUUUUCCUCCCGCUUUUCAAAACUCUCCAAGACGCUUUUAGCAGCCACACAAAAUCAGGACAAUCUCGUGUAUGAAAACAGUGAAAAAUUUACAUUUUCGGAACUUGUGUAUAAAUCUAAUACCUAAUAUCUAAUAUCUUAUAUAUUAUAUCAAAGUUCAGCCUAACGACUUGGAGUUUCAAACUAAAGUUACAAACACAUAGAUUUAUUUAUACAACGCUUACACUUGAGUCGUAUUAACUAGAGUACUUAAGCUGCAGAGAGAUUGUGGAACUUUUACUGUCCUAAAAAUACUUUUACCACAAAAACAAAGUCCUUAAGCUCGAAACCAUUUCUUGUGUGGAAACUUAACGACUCUUUGCCCGCUACAGCAACUAUACUCUAUGUAGUAUCUUUUUCAAGGGCAGCUGCGGGCUUUUCUUAUUGUUAGAUGUUGCUUAAAAAAAAAAGAGAAAACCCAAAGAGAAAUUACUUAGUACCAGAUAAUCCAUUGUUGUAUCUUGUAAGUACUUGGUAGUUGUCAAGGUAGUCAGGGUAAAAGUGGAACACACAGAGAUAUUCCUGUUUCUUCGGUUGGCUAAUUACUCUCUUCACAAUCUGGCUGUUGUUUUAUAUACCUAGUUGGGUAACGAAAACUAUAAUGGUUGUGCUAUCUCAAAAUUAAAAACUUACUUACUAAUGUUUAACGCGUUCUUAGGUACUUUUGGUCUUUUCUACUUAACUCUAAUACUACGACUACUAUUACCUAUUGUAUUUGUACUUGGUCGAGAGUUGGGUAUCGAGUACUUUGAAUACUGUAAAAAUAACACCAUAUCAGCGUGUAGCGUUGGCCAGAAAUCUGGGGAGGAUUGCGCUUUAAAAGUGCCGGGUGGGCUGUAGCAAGGCUUAUAAGAACACAAAUCUACCAUUUGUUAAAAUAUUAAUUAGCCAUUACCUGCGUACACUAUGUAAAACAAUAUACACAAAUGUGAACUAUAUGAAUAUAAACGUACAUAUUAUAUAUAUUAUAUAUUAUAUAUUAAUAUAUUUAAAAUAACUGUAGAAAAACCAAAAGAAGCCCACAUUAUAUGUAUUUCA